GCCUCACUACAUACAUCUAAAGUGCGCCUAACACGACGGCAAUUGCACAUAUACAAUAUACAUGGUCUGAUGGUACGCAUUAUGUCCUUAUCGCGUCGCUUAGCUUCCUGGAUUUUCCAAAAGCCGCGUAUUAGAUUCGAGCCCAUCUAUUCUAUCUGUUGCGCGGGGCUGUUACAGUAGAGCCAAACCUGCGUAUUGCGUAUGAUUGGAUAAAGGCCGAAUCUUCAGUCCUGGAAUCUCCUUUAGCGCCAUUACAUCACAACCAACAAGUUCUCAAAACCCGAACCAAUCUGUCGCAUCCAAACAUCAUCUACGCAUUAGGUGCAGCGACGAUAUAAACUGGUGUACAUGUCUGCCCCGUCUAUCCCAAAUCUCCUCUCUCUCCGAGGUUCGAGAGGGGGGCAUCGUGGCCGUGGUCGAGGACGAGGGGGUCACUCACAUUCUACCGGCCUCAGCCACGAUGCUACCAUUCAAGGUACAGAUACGGAUGCUGCUGUGUCACGUAUGAGCGCUGUUGAUCUGGGUUACCUACAAGAUCCUUUCGCACGAUAUUUCGUGCAGUCUGUUGGUGGCAUUGUUAGAAGACUGCCUAUUAUAAAUCGAGGGACUUAUACACGGACUACUGCAUUGGAUCGACUGGUAUCUUCCUUCUUGUUGGGCACCGCAACGCAAGAAAGACAAAUUAUCUCACUCGGUGCGGGUACAGACACAAGGUGUUUUAAGCUCUUCUCUCAACCCAGCCAGACCAGCCUCAUCUAUCAUGAGAUCGAUUUCCCCACAAUCGCUUCUAAGAAGCUACAGCUCGUGAAUGCUGCACCUCAACUCAGGUCCAUCAUCCCUAACCCACAGAAUGAGAAGGACGGCUGGAGUAGUUCAAAUCUACCGAAUGGUUGUCAAUAUUGGUGCCACGGAUUGGAUCUGAGAGCCUUGCUCAAUAGUGACACAGAAUCUCUCAGUGGCAUCCGGACAGAUAUUCCGACACUGUUAGUGUCAGAAUGUUGUCUAUGCUAUCUAGAAACUUCAGAAGCCCAAGGCGUAAUUAAGUAUUUCACCGAAAAAAUAUCAGAUCUUGCCAUCAUCGUCUACGAGCCAAUUCACCCCGAUGAUUCCUUCGGCAAGCAGAUGGUAUCGAAUUUGGCUGCGCGACGGAUACACAUGCCAACACUAGACUCAUACCAGGACUCUGAUAAGCAGCAAUCCCGAUUAAAAGAAGCCGGGUUCCAGCUUGCGACGAGCUUGACCAUAAGAGAAAUAUGGCGGAAAUGGGUCACGGAAGAAGAAAAAGAAAGGGUUGAUAGUCUGGAGGGGUUAGAUGAGGUUGAAGAAUGGGAUCUUCUAGCGGACCAUUACAUCGUGGCUUGGGGCUGGAGAGGCACUGGUUUUCAAAGAUGGGAAACCGACCUGUGAUGAAUAUGAGCUAACGAGUAUGCCGAUACAUCUUAGCCAUGGGAAAUAUACGAUUGAUGUGAAAUAAAACGCAAUCUACUUCUUUGAAGAAAGGACCACGGAAAUAUCAUGAUAAAUGAUUUAAAAUUCCGGGACUAAAGUGAUUUCCCUAGAAAUAUAUAAUUACAUGUGUAUUAAUAGAGAGCAGUGACACAAUUCGGUUACGUAUAAAUAAUAAAUGUACUUGAAC